AUGUCCUCUCAACAUAUACAAAUGAGCGCAUGGACGACAACGGAUACUGAUCUUUCUAAUCCUCAUAAUUUGUCAAAAAGCACAAAUAGAAACAAAACCGUUUCGAAUGAUUCUGGCAUGACCGAUGAUAAUCAAAAUCAUUCAAAUGAUCAGAACAACAAACGAUGGACACUAUCAGAAUAUUGUUCAUCAUUAUCACCAUUGUUUUAUGGUCUAUUAUUAGGUGCACUUAUCGCUGGUUUGGGACUGGCUAUUAUAACUACAUUUUGGUUAACAUCAUCUAAUGAGAACGCAUCGACAACAGAAGGAUGGUCGAUUACCGGUGCAACAAAUUAUGCUCGAUAUAUACACACAGCAUCUGUAUUAACAAAUGGAAAAGUACUAGUUGCUGGUGGAUAUGGUAGUAGCGCCUACUUAAAUAGUAUAGAAUUAUAUGAUCCAUCAACAGGAGUCUGGACAGCCACUGGUAGUAUGAAUUAUGCUCGAGAGUGGCACACAGCGUCUAUGUUGAAAAAUGGAAAAGUGCUGGUUGUUGGUGGGGUCGGUAGUAGUGGCUAUUUAAAUAGUGCUGAAUUAUAUGAUCCAUCAACAGGAGUCUGGACAGUCACUGGUGCAACAAACUAUGCUCGAUAUUUGCACACAGCAGCUGUAUUAACAAAUGGAAAGGUGUUAGUUGCUGGUGGAUACAUUGGUAGGGGUUUUUUAAAUAGCAGUGAAUUAUAUGAUCCAUCAACAGAAGCUUGGACAAGCACUGGCAAUAUGAACUAUGCUCGAUAUUUUCACACAGCAUCUAUAUUAACAAAUGGAAAAGUGUUAGUUGCUGGUGGAUUUAGUAGUGGCGUUUAUUUAAAUAGUACUGAAUUAUAUGAUCCAUCAACAGGAGUCUGGACAAGUACUGGCAACAUGAAUUCUGCUCGAUAUAUACACACAGCAUCUGUAUUAACAAAUGGAAAAGUAUUAGUUGCUGGUGGAUACAAUGGUAGCGCUUAUUUAAACAGUACAGAAGUAUAUGAUCCAUCAACAGGAGUCUGGACAACCACUGCUAGUAUGAAUUAUGCUCGAUAUUUUCACACAGCAUCUGUAUUAACAAAUGGAAAAGUGUUAGUUGCAGCUGGACUCAAUAGUAGCGGUUAUUUAAAUAGCUCGGAACUCUACGAACCGUAA